AUGUCACUGUCUCUGGAGGCAUUUGCGAGGCUAACGCCGUCUAAUACCCAAGCAAAACUAGCCUUUAGUGCUAUGUAUGAGACUGACCCCUUAAUUACUAGGCAACAGGUGUUUGUGCAGCCUCAGCAAGAAUAUAGCAAAGAAAUACUCGUAUAUCGCCUCCAGGAAAUCAAGCUGGCGUCCGGUGAAGCCCACGAAAGCGACACCCCAACUGACCCUGACACGGAUACUGAGGAAGACUUCAGACAUCACGGAAUGAUAUGGUCGGGUUGGUUCGAGUUUAAAUUAAAUCCCGGGCCCUAUCACCCUGAAGAUGGCUGGACUUUGGGCAAGGGUCGAAAUGCUAUUGAUGUCGAUUUUCGUCUUCCUUCCCGUCGCGUUUCAACAGGUCUUCGAGGACUUCACGCCCUAUUUAACUUCCACCCAACUACGGGCUAUCUUUUCAUAUCGAAGGCCUCCACCUUACAAAAUGCCAUUGUUUGUGUAAAUGGAAGCUCUGUUGGAUAUGAAGAACAAUUUUCUUUAAAUCAAAACCCGAUGCAUAUCAAAGUCGGCUUCCUUGAGUUUGAGUUUCGAUACACGGAUUUUGCUUAUACUAAACCCUAUUACAUUAACCGUGCACACUAUUUCAAGGAAGAGUUACAAAGAACAAGCUUUCCAAAUACGACUAUCACCCCUACACCUAGCAAAUCCCUUCGGAGCUUCGGCCACUGGGUGCUCAUGGCUUCCCUCAGAAGUGGAACCUUCGGGAAGGUGUUCUCUGGGACUAACAGCAAAGGUGAAAUAGUUGCUGUAAAAAUCAUUACACGUAGCACAAAGAACUUCCAAGAAGUUAGUCAGAAAAUCAAAACACUCCGGGAGAUCCAGAAUCUACCUGAGGUACAUGCUGGCGAUAAAAGCCGAAUUUUGCAUUUGCGGGAAGUCAUCUACCAAAGCGGAGCUGAGAUCAAUACCCCUAAAAUCUUUGAACAAAUUGCUCUGAUUUUGGAGCCUACUGUUUAUAGUACAUUUUCUAGUAUUUGUGGUCACCGUGCAUACAAUCAGCUCAGCUACAGUAUGCCGAUCCUUGCGAAACUUUUUCAUGAGGUUUUGCUUGGUCUUAAUUUCCUACACACGCACAAUUGGAUUCACGGUGAUAUAAAGCCCAGCAACAUCGGAAUUUGUAGGGAAGGCGCUCCUCGCGCGGUACUGCUUGAUCUUGAGAAUUCUAUUAAAUUACAGCCUAUCAGCUCUUUACCUGCAACUCCAGGCCAAGGGGGGACUGUCAAUUAUCUUGCGCCUGAGCGUGAGCUUCAGGAGCACGACUCUUUGAUUGAUGUUUGGUCUUUGGGUGUCGUUGGAUUUGAAAUGUUAUAUUGCUACCAUCCUUGGACGCUUGCUCUUAACCCAUGGCGACCGGGUGAUCAGUUUGAAGUUUGGAGGCCCACGUUUCACCAUUUAUAUGGCAAAACCAUACAAAAGUUAGAACAUGACGCUGAUUUCCAAUUCAUCGGACUCUUACUACAAAUGCUCUGUUUUCCCUGGGCAGAGAUUAAUAUUGGAGCACGCAUUACGAUUGGGGAUGCGCUUAAGCAUGCUUGCUGGCAGAAACCGGGAAGUGAUGGGCAAUCUGCCUUAAAACAUGCCCGACAGGAGCUAGAAAACUAA